AUGUUUCGCUCUGUUUCCCGUUUCGCUGGCAAGGACAUCCGUUUCGGCACGGAGGCCCGCCAGGCGAUGCAGCGCGGUGUGCAACGUGCUGUUGACGCCGUUGCCACGACCCUCGGCCCCAAGGGCCGCAAUGUGAUCAUUGAGCAGUCGUACGGUGCACCAAAGAUCACAAAGGAUGGUGUGACGGUUGCGAAGGCAAUUGAGUUCAAGGACCCGUUUGAGAACAUGGGUGCACAGCUCGUUCGACAGGUGUGUAACAAGACCAACGAUCUUGCUGGUGACGGUACGACGACCUCUGCUGUACUUGUGUCGAGCAUCUUCAGUGAGGGCCUCAAGUGCAUCGCCACUGGCACGAACCCGAUUGACAUGAAGCGUGGUAUGGACCGUGCGGUGGAAGUGAUCCUGAAGAGCAUUGCAGAGCAGAGCCGCAAGGUGACGAGCACAGAAAACAUUGUGCAGGUUGCCACGAUCUCGGCCAACGGUGACAACGAGCUGGGCAAGCUGAUUGGACAGGCCAUGGAG